AGGAAUUCCCCACUGUGUUUGAUGGCAACAUUCGGUGCAUGCCAGGAGAGGAGUACAAGAUCCAUCUCCGUGAAGAUGCGGUGCCAUUCUGCGUCACCGCGCCACGACGGGUACCACUGUCGUAUCGUGACCCACUGAAAGAGGAGCUGAAACGGCUUGAGGACCAAGACAUCAUCUUCCCGGUGACGACUCCGACUGACUGGUGCGCACCGAUCGUUGUCAGCGCUAAAAAGGGAGGCGGCAUCCGGCUUUGCGUGGAUCUUUCGAUGCUGAACAAACACAUCCGUCGAGAACGCUAUCAAUCACCGACUCCAGCAGAAGAAGUAGCAUCCAUUGUCGGAAAGAGGGCCAAAUGGUUCACAGUGGUUGAUGCUGCCAAGGGAUACCACCAGUGCCCGCUUGCGGAAGAAAGCAGGUUACUGACAACUUUCAUCACACCGUUCGGGAGAUUUGCCUUCAAACGCGCCCCGUAUGGUGUCUCGUCGAUCUCCGAGCAUUACAACCGGAGGAUGGACGAGGCACUGCAGGGAAUGCCCGAUAACUACCGGAAAGUGGUAGAUGACGUCAUCAUCUUCAGCAGCACACUGGAAGAGCACAUCCAGCACGUUCGGGGGUUUCUGUCUCGAUGCGAGGAACGAGGCAUUUCCCUCAACCUGGGGAAGCUCCAACUGGCUCAACGCUCCGCAAAGUUCGCCGGCUUCAUUGUGACACAAGAGGGGUACAAGCCAAACCCGCAACUGACUCAAGCUCUAUCUGCGUUCCCGACUCCGCGUAACAUCUCUGACUUACGCGGAUUCUUCGGACUCAUCAACCAGCUGUCCCCAUUUACCGACAGUGUAGCAGAGCUAAUGGAGCCGCUUCGUUCUCUUCUGAGUCCAAGAACCACCUUCCUGUGGGAAGAGCACCAUCAGCGGGCGUUCGAGAGAGCGAAGGAACACCUUGCUUCGGUGCCGACUCUCGGCUUCUUCGACCCCACCAGGCCGACGAUGCUCGCAACCGACGCGAGUCGCAAGAAGGGUCUGGGCUUUGUUCUGCGACAAGCUGACAAGGAUGGGCGAUGGCACGUCAUCCAAGCUGGAUCACGCUUCCUCAGUGAUGCCGAAACGCGGUACGCGACCAUCGAGCUUGAGGCGCUCGCUGUAUGCUGGGGCCUACAGAAGUGCCGCCUGUUCAUCGGAGGACUUCCGAGCAUCGAAGUAAUCACGGAUCAUCGUCCUCUCGUACCAAUCCUCAAUAGCAAGACGCUAGACGAAAUUGAAAAUCCAAGGCUGCAGCGUCUCAAGUUACGGAUGAGCGAGUUUGGGACAAUCUCAGCAAGAUGGGUACCGGCCUCCCAGCACAGCGCUGCAGACGCCCUGUCUAGGAACCCGAUCGAGCACCCAAACGAAGACGACGAGUGUGGAGAGGAUGCAACGACUUCCUGCAUCCAGUCUAUCGUCAUCAGUGAACUCCAGGCCCAUGACGUCGACAUCAGUCUCAAAGAGGUCCGGGAGGCUGCUGCUGCGGACCACGAGUUCCAGCUACUGGCAGAAGUCAUUCGGAACGGCUUCCCUGACAGUAAAUCAGAGGUUCCAGAAGCCGUCAAAAGGUACUGGCCAGUUCGAGAUCGCCUGACAGUGGACGAUGGAAUCGUUCUUUGUGGAUGCAGGGUCGUUAUACCCCCAUCCCUGCGGAAGAGAACGCUCGCGACACUCCACGCGGGGCACCUGGGGAGAGAAAGGACAAUUUCCAGAGCAAGACAGAUCGUCUACUGGCCAGGAAUGAAUGCUGACGUCGAUCACGUCACAAAGUCGUGCGACCGCUGUCAGAGUGAGCUCCCCUCCCAACAGCGGGAGACGCUGAUCCAGCACGAGCUUCCAGGACGACCCUUUCAGCAUCUGACUGUCGACAUUGGAAGUCACGCUGGAGGUGCAGACUGGACGAGGACGCCUGGACGAGAGGGAUCCUCCAACACUGGAACACGCCCGGUAGCUGCGGAGUGUCGCCAGCUCAGCUCGUGUACGGACGACCGAUCAGAGACACUCUGCCAUCACACCCUGAUCUCUACAAACGGCAGCCCCCUGAGGAGUUCGCUGACCGACGGGAGGAGUGCCGUCGUAAAACUAAGGAGCGCUACGACAGCCGAGCACGGGAUCUCCCCGAGUUCCCAGUCGGAACCCAUGUACGGGUGCAAGACGUCCUCACCCGCCGGUGGGAGAGGUGCGGCACAGUGACUGACGUCCUACCGUUCCGGAGGUAUCGUGUGCGGUUUGACGAUGGCGGCAGUGUAGACCGCAACCGGUGCCACCUUCGCCGGAGGUAUGCUGUUGUUGAACCGUGUCUAGCGGAGAGGAGCGGUGCAUCGGACAACUCAGGUCCGACCGGGCAGCGUCGCGCCGAGGUGCCCAGCGGAGGCCGACAGCCGCUUCAGGGGACGUCCCGUCUCGCCGAGGAACCGCCGCUCCGACGGUCGACGCGGACGAGGAGACGGCCGCGGCGUCUGAUAGAGGAGAUGUAAUGAUAGGCUUGCGUGUGCGCAGCGUGAUGUUUCUUUUCACUUGUUAAGUUAUUUUGUUGUUGUUUUGUUGUCAAGUUGUUUUCGUUGUUACGUUAUGCUGGUACUUACGGCUGUAAUAUGAGCUCAGGUGGGACCCCUGAGGGGAGGGGAGAUGUGCUGGUGUCCCCGCCUCCAUUGCGCGUGGUGUGCCAGUGUGUGCCCGAGUUGAGUCCCUGGAGACGCCACUGCCGUGCCCUGCCCUCCGGCAGUCGGCCGGCCGGCUGGGUUCCUGGUCCCUUGGUGGUCAGUUGGAGCGGA